AGCAACAUCAGCAACGAUGGCCGCUUUCCGCAGAGUGGCAGCGCUGGCCGGGAAACUCAACCUCUGGUCGGGGGCGAGAAACGAGCUGGUCGGUGGUCACACGGUCCGUGCAGGGAGGACGCGGGGGCGCGUGGCUGUCGGGAUGUGUCUCGCAACCGGAGGCGCCGUGGCUCUUUACCUGUACAGCGAUAUGUGUAGCAGCAGAGGCAGGAGGAGGAGGAUGGAGAGGCACAGCAUCAACGAUUUACUGCCGUCCAUCCCGACCGUCGAGGCCAAAGACAAGUCACGUCCAUUUGACUUUGAGGAUGGAGACGUGUACAUGUCGUCCCAUGAGCAUCGCUUCCGCAUGUUCAGCUCUGUGGAGUACGAAGGCCAGCUGUACAUGACGCCGCAGAACUUCAUCGAGUCUGUCACCAUGAGUGAACCACGGAACAAGAGGCCCUGGAGGUCCUUGACCAAACAGGAGCUGGAGAAGAUCCUGUCAGACACUCCACCAGUAUGGAGAGGAUCAUCCAAACUGUUCCGCAAUCUGAGAGAACGAGGAAUCAUCUCUUACACCGAGUACCUGUUUCUGCUCUGCAUCCUGACAAAGCCCCACGCUGGUUUCAAGAUUGCUUUCAAUAUGUUUGAUGCCGACGGCAACCAGAUGGUGGACAAGAGGGAGUUCUUGGUGCUUCAGGAGAUCUUCCGGAAGAAAAAUGAGAAGAGAGGAAGGAAAGGAGAUGCAGAAAAGUCGGCACAGUUGAGUAUGCAGCUGUAUGGAUAUCAGGUUGCUCCCAUGAACAGCGUGCUAAAAAAAGACAGUCAGGAGUUUGUGGCACGGAGUUACUGGGACGUUCUGAGGCGAAGUGCCAGUCAAGUCCUCUUUUCUGACCUGGCAGAGCGGACAGAUGAGACUAUUACGAUCGACACCACACUACUGGUCCAUUUCUUUGGGAAGAAAGGGAAGGCAGAGCUCACCUUUGACGACUUCUAUAGAUUUAUGGAUAACCUCCAGACAGAAGUAUUGGAAAUCGAGUUUCUAACCUACUCUAAAGGAAUGACCACCAUCAGUGAAGAAGACUUUGCCAAAAUCCUGCUGCGCUUCACCAACGUGGAGAACAUCAACGCCUACCUGGAGAAUGUCCGCCAUUGUAUACCUGAUGAGAAGGGAAUUACCUUUGAUGAGUUCAGAUCCUUCUUCCAGUUUCUCAACAACCUGGAGGACUUCGCCAUUGCCAUGCAGAUGUAUAAUUUUGCUUCUCGCUCCAUUGGACAAGAUGAAUUUGCAAGAGCCGUCUAUGUCGCUACUGGCCUGAAGUUGACACGUCACCUUGUCCACACCAUCUUCAAGAUAUUUGAUGUAGAUCACGACGAUCAGCUCUCUUACAAGGAGUUCAUCGGCAUCAUGAAGGACCGGCUGCACAGGGGAGCCAGGGGUUAUAAAGCUGUGGCAAAGUCCACAUCUUUCAGAUCCUGUCUGAAGAAGGAGCUGGCAAGCAGAAGGUAAAGGGCCAGCACUACGCCUCUUUCUCCAGCUGCGUUCGUGCUGAGGCCAGAAGACAAGUGAACCACCUCUGGAGGAGGUAUAAGGAGAAGUAGGAGAGGAGGACACACCAAUGACACGAAGGAAGGAGAUUAAGCAUAAAAAGAGUCUGAUGACUGAGCUCUAACUUUUAUAGCAACUGUCUAUUUUCAACAUUAAAAAAGUGUACAAGCAUGACUACACCACAAACUGGCUGAUGCUCUGUAUAUGCUGUAUGAUAAUAAUAAGCAACAUUCCCUCUCAUCUCAACCUUAUUAUUAUUUAUUCCAACUAUGAGUUACAGUGCAACGACUUCAGCUCAACCAAGCAUGGUUUCUUCAUAACUGGGACUGUUACUAACGAUUAUUAUUAUACAUUGUCUAACCAGCAUAUUUGCAAGCUCAUUGUUUAAGCAAUAUUAUAUGCAGUAAGUAUGAUUAUGCAGCAGGCUGUAGCUUUUAGGUUCUACCAAAUAAAUCUUCACUAAUUUAAUGAUGGAUGUGACCAAUUACUUAAGAACACUAUGUUCCUCUAAUUUGUUAAACACAUUUAAGAGCACAACAAUAUAUAUAUAUAUUUAUAUAUAACAUGAUGUUGUCAUCCAAAAUAUCAAUGGUACACAAAUAAAUAUGACACAAAAGUUUCAGAAUUAAAUCACUAUUGUUUUGUCUUCCACUGAAUUUUGAUCCGCUCAGUCUUUUGCUUUACUUUUUAUAUUAUUUAUCUUUUAUUUAUUUUAUCUUAAAAUUUCCAGGAAUCACUAGCUUUUUUUUACACCCAAAAGUAAAAGAACCACAAAACCUGUUCUAUAAUCAGGCUAUACUAUAAAUAAUAUGUGUGAAUUGAAUGACAAGACCUCUAAUAUUGCAAUAUGUUUAUAAAUUCUGGAAUAUUAUAAUUACAUCUGCCAAGGAGGCCAUGUUUUGCCCAUCUUUUGUUUUUUUUGUUUGUUUGUGAGCAGCAAUAAAAGAACGGAUUUUGGUUAUCUGAAUAUUUAUCAACUUUUGAGUGUUUUGACACAGAGGGAAACUUGGUUAAUGUGGAAAUCACUUGAUUUAUCACAAAUAUAGAGUAUAUUCUUUGUUUUGGGGAAAAUGUAAUCUUAAUAAAAAUGUAUCUAAUAGGA